CUCAUCUUACGUGCUGUUGCUAGGAUACAGAGAACUACACUGUAGCUCAGGUUCAAAAACAUUACAGCCGUUUUUUAACAACUUGCAUGAAACAUGGCGAUGAAUGGAUUUUAGGCUGCGAACAGGAUGGCUUCGGCAUCCUGUACAGCUGACGCAGGACGGAGUUGCUCUAUAAAAUGUUUCCCCGCCGGGACAUUACCCCACAGAAGGAGAGAAGGUGCUGCUCACUGGCUUGUGGCUUACAGGGAGGCAGAGGAGCAGAAAUACAGGAAUCUACGCAGGAGAAUUAAAGAAACUUAUAAAAAACGUGAGAGCGAGUUAGCUAAGACUUCUCACCCUGUCACAUUAGACAGAGCUUUCCUGCUCCAGCUGCAUCAUGUUGCCAAACCCUCUGAGCUCUGUUCUCUUGAGAUCAGCGAGCAGAAACUGAAUUCUGUCAAGCCAGAAGACCUGGAGGUGUUUGAUAAUGUGGCUUUCAUCGAUGCAUCUAUUAACUCCCUCUCUCUGGGCUCGUUCAGUAGUUUUGUGUCUCUAAGAGAACUCAAUCUGUCUUUAAAUGGAGUUUGCAACAUGACAUUUGAUGCUGCUGACUUCCCUCACCUCGAGGUUUUGGAUUUGUCCUACAACCGUUUAUCACCUGAUGCUAUUGUUUCUCUUGGUCGGCUCCCUCGUCUUAAAAUCCUUCAUCUAACUGCAAAUCAGCUUCAGCGUCUCCCUCCUAAUCUGGGCUCCUCAAACCAAGACCCCGCUCAGCAGCCGGCUAAAGAGGAACAAACAUACUUCCGAGCUCUGGAAGUCCUGAUGCUUGAUGAUAACAAACUGUCUUCAGGAGUCUUCAACAGCCUUAGAAACCUUAAGAGGCUAAAGCAUUUAAGCCUGCAGGCAAACCGCAUUUCUGAAAUACCAUUUAUGCAACUGGUGGGUUAUUCAAAAUCUGGGCAGAUUCCUACUAAAGAGCAGGCUGAAGAAGAGGCAGGAGAGGCGCACACUCAGUCAGAGCCAACCGAUCGAUAUCUGAUCUCAGAGAUCUUUCACAGAGACAACUGGGAGCAGAACUGCAACGAAUCCAGUUUACCUCUGCCAGAGCUCCAGUACCUCAAUCUAGCUGACAACAAGAUCGCCAAGGAAGAAGCACUGUUGGCUGCCACUCUUUUCCCAGUGCUUCGUGAAAUUGAUAUUCAGUUCAACCCUAUAACCACACAGAGAAGAGGAGACCCUCCCUUACUGGCCUACCUCCAGGAGAGACUUGGAAUAACAAUAAAGCAGAAGAAAACACAUGCGGAUGUGAAGCGCCCACUGAAAGUGUCUGCUGAACUGAAAUGGAAGGUGGAGGAAAACAUCCCAAAGGCAUCAAGGAAGCUGGUACUGAUGAAUGCACAGACCCAGGCUGGCAGAAAUGAAGGCAAGAAAAGCAGAAGCAAUGCUUUCCAUAAAAAUAGGAAGCCCUUCUUUCUUACUCAGGCAGCAGAUGGACCCGAGUUUGAAUUCCGUCUUCUUUCUGAACACAAAGAAACUGCUGAGAACAAGGAGAGAAACAAUGCUAAUCCUGAGCAGUGUGAUCGCUUGAUGGAUGCAGAACCAAAUCCUCAUGUGCUCAAGCCCAAUGCGGGAAUUCAAACAGCUGUUCGGAUGCUGGAGCGCACGCUGAAAAAUCUUAAUGUUUACAGAGACCCGAAACCAAAGCUUGACAGCAUCCAGACACCGUACAGGGAACGAGAGAAAAGGAUUAAGGAGCUGCCACUUUUGAAACCCAUGAAGCAGCCAAAUGAAAGGGUAGACGACAUGAUGAAAGAAAUCAGAGAGAGUAAAGCAAUAAAAGUAGUCGCUUUAGGCAGUGUCCUGCACAGCACAGGCGGUAAUAAGGAAGACUAUAAGGAAGCUCUUUCACUGAUGAGAGACGUGAAAAAAACAUAUAAGAUGGUCCACGCAAAAACAAUGGAGCAAGAAGCCAGCAUUAAGUCUGACAGAGACACCGACCAAAUCUGAGCUGAAUCUCCAUCUGUUUAAAAUUCACAUUCAAAUAAUUAACUGAGCAGAUUUCCCUUUGGCUUGAAAUCUUCCUUUGUGUUGGGGUGAGCAGAACUGUUGGGGGCAAAAAAAAAAAAAAAAAAAGUAAAUCUCACAAUUAGAAUAAUUAAAUAAAUGGCGUGAUAUUAUCUUUAGGCAUUAACUCUGGAGUUGAAGUACACAAAGCCCAAGCAGAUGCGAGGGUGUCUAACUGUAACUAAAUGGCAACUGCUGAAAGCGUGCUGCUGUCUGUUCCCUGUAACUCUGACGGUUCUGAGCAGCUGUGCCGCCACCGCUGUGACCGGAAUCUAUCCGGCGUGAAUGCAGUUGUAUUCAUUAAGCUUUUUCUGGUCGAAUUCAGUUGCAAGAACAGAAAGUUGAGAGGGUUUUUUUUUUUUUUUUUUGGCAGGGAGCACCAGUUUAAAGCGUUUGUGCACGUUUGUAUUUUUCAGUGCAAAUACCAAGUUCUAUUAAAGGAACACAAGACCAUCGGGGUAGAUUAACAGUGCGACAAAAUUCACAUUAUGCCCUGCUGUAACUAAAAAUAUGUGCUCCUUAUUCAUAUUUUGAAGCAGCAUCCUCUUGAUAUGUUUAGAUUUGUACUAUUAUUUUCCAGUUUGGACUAAAUUUACUGCAUUUUUUUAGAAACUCAAAGCAGUUGACUGGUUGCUUUACCAGCUGCAUGUUUUUGAAAGUGUUGUACACCCUCUAGUGGUUCCAGAUCAGGUAUUCUCCAUGGAUAUUGUGCAUUACCCUCUUAUUCAUCCUUUAUAUGAGAUGAGAAAAUGGUUAUGUGGUUGUUUGUUAGCUUUUUGUACCUUUGAGCAGACCUCGGCAGCUCAGAAUGAUGUUGGGGGUGACUGUAGAGCAGGUCACCUACUGGUCGGCAGUUCGAUUCCUGGCUACUCCAGGCUGCAUGC